AUGCUCACCCAUUUCCUUGGUAAGAAAAUAGUUGAAUAUUAGCAAAGAUACGACAAGUUUGGUUCAACGAUUUGCAUAACUGCAAAAUGUCUUGAUAAGAAACUCCGCAAUCGCCUUUUUUGUCGACCAAACUCCGCAAUCGCUAUUCAGUUAUUAGUGCAUAUUAUUCUUGUGAUCUUUUGA